GAGUAAGGGAGAUGAUCAAAGGUGUAGUGGUGGUGGUGGCGGGAGGUUGUUAUUGAAAAGGAGGCCGCUUACGUUAUCGUCAGAGCGAAGCAGUACUCGAUCGUCUGACUGCCAAGAAAUGGCUGAAGAUGAGGAUAAAACACCAUUAUUGAAGGGUGCAGGGACAUAUGCUAUUGAUGAUCCUCGUGAUAAGAUUAGAUAUUUAUAUGAAAGUGGUAAUUUAGGCUAUGUCAAUGGCAACGACAAUAGAAUCAGCGCCAAUAGGAGUCCACUGCCAUCGUCAUUGGCAGCUGACAAGAUUGUUACCAUCUUUGUGGUUACUUUUGAUACGCGAUCAGGUAACAUGAUUGAAUGGUGUCUUCCUGAAGAAAGCGAUUUAGAUGGUGUUGAAUUUAAGGCUAUGGCCAGUGGAUCCCAUACUUUAAUGAGAGAUUUUGUGUACUUUAGGAAAGAUUCCCUUUAUGGCCUGGCAUGUUUUGAGAACAUGCCAGUAGAAAGUGAGAUUGAACGUGGUGCCAGAAUGAAAUCAGUAGGAAUUCUAUCUCCCACCUAUACUUCCCUCUACAGACACAUGCAGUUCCUUGAAUCCCAAGUGCGGCAUCAGCUUCAAACGCCAGGCAAAUAUGAUCAACUGCAAGCUUUUUACAACGAUAAGAAAGGUGUACUUCCUUCUCGAAAUGAAAAUUCCAGUGGCGCUAUUGUUUCUGAUCUGGAGGUGUGUUCAAUGUCACCAGCUCCUCAGCAACCCUGGUCAACAACCUCAUCUACACCCAGUCGAGAAUUCUUGCCUGAAAUGAAGAUUACCCAUCCUGCUGGUUGUUUCUCUCAGUUUAUUAAAUUCUUUGGAGAAAAUAUAUUUAUUCUCUGGAAAUACACUCUCCUACAGAAGAGGAUAUUAUUUUUUUCUCCCCCUCCAAUUGGUGUUGUUUGCUAUAGAGUGUAUUGUGCUUGUUGCCUUGGUAACCAUGAUAUGAGGGGACUUGUGAAUCGAGAGCUGAUUCCUCGUUUCUAUGUAAAUAUUGCUGAUAUUGAAACUUUAGAAACUGAAGUUGCAUAUAUUGCAUGUACAACAGAGAAGAUAUUUGAAAGUAAAACCCACCUGUAUGAUGUUUAUGUAAAUAAUCAAAACGUAACAACCAACUCUCCAGUUUUGAAGGAACUGCUCAAAGUUAGUGAUGGGGAUCGUGAUAAAUUUACCAAAUUGAACAAUCAGAGAUCUGCACAUUUAUUUUCUGUAGAAGAACUUGGGGAGCAGUCAAUGGAUGAAGAAGAAUUGUUUACAACGUUUUUUUGUGAACAAAACAAUCGUUUGUUCCAAACCUUGUUAGAUGUUUCAUCGUCGCAGGAUCGACAGUUGACAUCUGACCACAUGAAAUUAAUGGGACUUGACCCUAUUGGUGAUCGUAUCUUCCUCAUGGAACUUGUUGAACAUUAUGGUAUUGAUGUUGUUCUUAUGGUUGAUAAUCCUUGCUGCCCAAAAUAAAGCAGCAUUCUUCUUUUACUUGUUCUUCAUAUUUUUUUCCCUUCCUUUUCUUUUCAUAUUCUUCAUAGUCUUUGGUCAAAGAAAGACGUAUAUCAGUUACUUUCUCUAUUAAAUCAAAACAACCAUUCCAUUGUUAUAAAACCUUCAAAUUCCAUGUUAAUAGAAUGACUGUUGAUUAAACUGUUUUGUUGUUUUUUUAAAUUUUUUCUUAGUUUGUUUGUUUUAAUAAUGCAUGAAAACUGGUGAGACAAACAGUAUUGAAUAAUUUACAGCCAUACCAUUUUGAUAUUUAUUUUAUUUUAUUGUUUUGUUGUAUUUUUUGCCUGGCAUUGGUAGCAAAUAAUCACCUGCAGAAGAAAUCCACCCUCUGUCAUCCCCACCUCAGCAACAUACUUGAGCAAAUUUCAUGCUUCAAGGCGGAACUGUGACCUCUGAUUUCUAGCAUUUGUUCCCCAUAAUGCUAGA